AUUGUAUGGUUGCGGUCAACACGCGUUUUCACAGUCAACUUAUUUUCAACUUUUCAUUCAAUCACUACUUUUUCUUUCGGUCAAUGUUUUGGUUUCGGAUUUGAGUUUUGUUUUCAUGUUUUAGUCAUUGAUUUGGGCGUCAAUUAAGCGGACAAAUCGUUUUGGCCAUUGAAUCGGCGACUAAUAUGUCGGCACAAAUGCACAGACAAGCGCUGCAGCAGAUCCUGCAGACGGGCGGCACUCCCAAAGAGCAGACCGACCGUUAUCGUUCAUAUCUGGAGAAUGUGUUGAAGACAACCAACGAAGAGCUCGAAGACGGACUCAAGGCUUUCAUUGAGACGAUUGUCAACGAAAACGUAUCGCUUGUCAUCUCUCGCCAACUGCUGACAGAAGUGUCACAACACUUGGCAUCGCUUCCGCCGGUCAUAUCGAAGAAUAUAUCGCACUUUACGCUCGAGAAAGUGCACCCGAGGGUCGUCUCCUUUGAGGAACAGGUGUCAGCCAUUCGACAACAUUUGGCGCUCAUCUACGAGACGGAGCACAACUGGAAGGACGCGGCGCUGGUUUUGGUGGGCAUUCCUCUGGAAACGGGACAAAAACAGUAUUCAGUGGACUAUAAGUUGGAGACAUACCUGAAGAUCGCGCGGCUAUAUCUGGAGGACGACGACCCGAUACAGGCCGAGGCCUUUAUCAACCGGGCGUCGCUAUUACAGGCCGAGACCACUAACGAACAGUUACAGGUCAUGCAUAAAGUGUGUUACGCCCGAGUCCUCGACUACAGGCGUAAGUUCAUUGAAGCCGCGCAGAGGUAUAAC